AGAGUUUAAGGUCAUCCUCUCUCAAAACCAGUAUUCCAGAUCAUUUCUCUCCAUUCCAGGAAGUUUGCAUAGCUCCCUGGACUUCUGCUUUGCACUGCCCUGCAGAAGCGGGUGGAGAAAGGAAGUGGCUUUGAGGCACACAGAGGGGCUUGGUGAGGCCACCGGAGGAAGCUUCUGCCACCAAUGUGGGACCUGUGCCCAGCCUACCAGAAGAGAGCAUCUGAAAACAUGUAUCGACAUGGUAACCCCUCUGCUUGAAGCCUCACAUGGCUCCCUAUUGCCUUGGUGCUGAACACCCUAUGGCUGACCGUGGCCCGGCCUCUGCAACAGCUCUGCCUCCUCUCCAGUGGUGAAGACCCAGCCUGCUGAGACUCCUCCUGCAGUUCCUCAACAUGCCUGCAUUUCUGCUGCCUCAGCGCCUUUGUGAAGGUUGUUCCUUGUAACCGGAAUGCUCUUCUGUCCCUUUUUUAUUCAAAAGGCUGCAAUUUUAAUUGAAGAAAGUUCCCUUCCAAGGUUCAUGAGUUGCCUGACUUGCCCACCGGUCUCCUGCAAGAUCCCUUGGCCUGGCACUUAGUGCUCAGGAAAUAUUUGGUGAUGGGCCAACUGAGUGAGAAGGUGGGAUCUGGUGGGAAGGAAAGCGGAAAGGUAGAAAUUCUGCUCACUUCCUCAUUCCCACCUCCCAAGGAACCCCUGGUGUCCCUGUGGAACCCGCUUUGGGAACCGGUGGUUCAGGUCAGCCUUUUCACUUUGUACUCAAAGCCACAUCGCAUUGAAGCCACAGGUGGGGCAAGGUCAUGCAUGACCUGAGUCUCCAAAUCCCUUCACCCUAUUUGGUUCUGCAACGGGGAUUAGGGGAGCCCCACGAUUUGUUUUCAAAGGAUGUCCGGGCUCCAGGACAGGAUGCCCUGGGUCACCUGAUGACAGGUGUGGUGCUUGGAAAGGGCCUGGUUUCAGCUCCGGGUACACUUCCUCCUUCCUUCUGCUCCCUGGUGUGGCCUCUUCCACGUCCUCAGAAUCCAGCUGUUACUCUGUCCGUGGCCUCUCAGCUCUAGGGCCCUCUGCACACUGGCCCCCCCAGUGUCACGGGCAUCCAGACGGGAUCCAGUGCAACCUCUUUUAGAAGAAAGGCCUGUCUCCAGAUCCCCGAGUCCCUCUAGCAUCUCCCAGAAGGUGUCAGAUGCAGCAGUGUCCAGGGAGCGGCAGCAGAUUGAGGAAGAGUCUGGGGACACACCAGAAAAGGACAGGAUCAAGAUACUCUGACCCAUGGAUCCCCUGGGCCCGGCCAAGCCACAGUGGUCGUGCCGCUGCUGUCUGACCACGCUGCUGUUUCAGCUGCUGGUGGCUGUGUGCUUCUUCUCCUAUCUGCGUGUGUCUCGAGACGAUCCCACUGUGUACCCUAAUGGGUCCCGCUUCCCAGACAGCACAGGGACCCCCGCCCACUCCAUCCCCCUGAUCCUGCUGUGGACGUGGCCUUUUAACAAACCCACAGCUCUGCCCCGCUGCUCAGAGAUGCUGCCUGGCACGGCCGACUGCAACAUCACUGCUGACCGCAAGGUGUAUCCACAGGCAGACGCGGUCAUCGUGCACCACCGAGAGGUCAUGUACAACCCCAGUGCCCAGCUCCCACGCUCCCCGAGGCGGCAGGGGCAGCGAUGGAUCUGGUUCAGCAUGGAGUCCCCAAGCCACUGCUGGCAGCUGAAAGCCAUGGACGGAUACUUCAAUCUCACCAUGUCCUACCGCAGCGACUCCGACAUCUUCACGCCCUACGGCUGGCUGGAGCCGUGGUCCGGCCAGCCUGCCCACCCACCGCUCAACCUCUCCACCAAGACUGAGCUGGUGGCCUGGGCGGUGUCCAGCUGGGGGCCAAACUCCGCCAGGGUGCGCUACUACCAGAGCCUGCAGGCCCAUCUCAAGGUGGACGUGUACGGACGCUCCCACAAGCCCCUGCCCCAGGGAACCAUGAUGGAGACGCUGUCCCGGUACAAGUUCUAUCUGGCCUUUGAGAACUCCUUGCACCCCGACUACAUCACCGAGAAGCUGUGGAGGAACGCCCUGGAGGCCUGGGCCGUGCCCGUGGUGCUGGGCCCCAGCAGAAGCAACUAUGAGAGGUUCCUGCCGCCCGACGCCUUCAUCCACGUGGACGACUUCCAGAGCCCCAAGGACCUGGCCCGGUACCUGCAGGAGCUGGACAAGGACCACGCCCGCUACCUGAGCUACUUUGGCUGGCGGGAGACGCUGCGGCCUCGCUCCUUCAGCUGGGCACUGGCUUUCUGCAAGGCCUGCUGGAAACUGCAGGAGGAAUCCAGGUACCAGACACGCAGCAUAACGGCUUGGUUCACCUGAGAGGCUGGUGUGGGGCCUGGGCUGCCAGGAACCUCAUUUUCCUGGGGCCUCACCUGAGUGGGGGCCUCAUCUACCUAAGGACUCGUUUGCCUGAAGCUUCACCUGCCUGGGGACUCACCUGCCUGGGACGGUCACCUGUUGCAGCUUCACCUGCCUGGGGAUUCACCUACCUGGGUCCUCACUUUCCUGGGGCCUCACCUGCUGGAGUCUUUGGUGGCCAGGUAUGUCCCUUACCUGGGAUUUCACAUGCUGGCUUCCAGGAGCGUCCCCUGCGGAAGCCUGGCCUGCUGGGGACGUCUCCUGGGGACUUUGCCUACUGGGGACCUCGGCUGUUGGGGACUUUACCUGCUGGGACCUGCUCCCAGAGACCUUCCACACUGAAUCUCACCUGCUAGGAGGACCUGCUGGGGACCUCACCCUGGAGGGCACUGGGCCCUGGGAACUGGCACCCAUGGGGCCCCACCCAUGAGUGAUGGUUCUGGCUGAUUUGUUUGUGAUGUUGUUAGCCGCCUGUGAGCGGUGCAGAGAGAUAAUCACUGCACCGUUUCCAGAUGUAAUACUGCAAAGAAAACCGAUGAUGAGGCCGGGUGCGGUGGCUCACACCUGUAAUCCCAGCACUUUGGGAGGCCGAGGCAGGCGGAUCACAAGGUCAGCAGAUCAAGACCAUCCUGGCCAACAUGGUGAAACCUGUCUCUACUAAAAAUACAAAAAUUUGCUGGGCGUGGUGGUGCAUGCCUGUAAUCCCAGCUACUUGGGAAGCUGAGGCAGGAGAAUCGCUUGAACCAGAGUCGGAGGUUGCAGUGAGCCGAGAUCGCACCACUGCACUCCAGCCUGGCGACAGAGUGAGACUCUGUCUCAAACAAACAAACAAAAAAAUUAGCUGGGCGUGGUGGCCGGUGCCUGUAAUCCCAGCUACCCAGGUGGCUGAGACACAAGAAUCGCUUGAACCCAGGAGGCAGAUGUUGUAGGGAGCCAUGAUCGCACCACUGCACUCCAGCCUGGGCGACACAGUGAGACUGUCUCAAGAAAAAAAAAAAAGGGGGAGUGUCCCUUUCUGAGUGUGCAAUUCUGUGUGGAAGGUGACUGUGUAGGAUCAUGGGUCCUGCCUGCUG